AUGGUGUUCCUUUGCUUUAAGGGCUUCAUCCGUUGGCUUCAAGGAAAGUGCGGCCGCCGCUCCCUGAAGGUGCCAACGUCCACCUCAAAGGUUGUGGCAAACAGGAACUAUGCUUCAUGGCCACUGCGAUCCGGCUUGGACUUCGAUCUGGCGAACGACGAAGCGUCACGUCCCAGAAGGUCCUGGAGUUCCUGGUUCUUCGGAGGCUCCGGUCAGGACUCCAACCGCUCCGAAACCACGGAAGAGACAGCUUUCCAUGACCACGACAUCGAAGAGAUGAGUGACGACCAGUACGACAGUCCAACGCAGCCACGCACAAUCUUUCAUGCCUUGCACCUCUCCUUCGAAGAGAUUCGCCAAAUUUUGCCGGAAUUGGCUUGGAAAGGCUUCGAUGCCGUUCAGAUCCCUCCUGCUCAGCUGAGCCCACGAGGCGAUCUGCGUCAACACUGGUAUCUGCGGUAUCAGCCACUGAGCCAUCUGGAGAUCGAUCCUGCACUGGGUGGCUACGAGGGCCUGCAACGGCUCUGCGAAGAUGCCGCCAACCUCCGCGUCAUGGUGAUUGCAGACUGCGUGUUCAACCACAUGGCUGUUGUUGCGUCCUGCAGCGAGUGGCGCGAAGCGCAAGAGGACCAUGGGAAGCUGGAGGAGUUGAAGGGCCGACUGGAUCGGACCUUCGGGCCACAAUUGGAUCGGAAUGACUUCCAGUGGCCUUGGGUCUGCCUGGAAGGUCACAAGUGGGAUGACCCCAACUAUAUGUUCGAAGGUUGGGGCUGCGGAGAAUGGAGUGAGCUGCGCUUCAGCGACAAGGUUGUGAAUUUGCACCUUGAGCACCUGCGGCAGCUGCUAGAUUGUGGUGUUUCCGGCUUCCGCCUUGAUGCUGCCAAGCACAUGAGGCCUGCCCACGUUGCACGAUAUGUUGACUACGUUCAGCAGGAGGGGGGCUUUGUCUACACGGAAGUUCUUUCCAUGGAUCGCCAUCUUCACUCGCAGUACGACAAGCUCGGAAAAGGCGUGCCAUCUACCGACUUCAAGGUAGCAGCUGCUAUCAGAAAUGCUUGGCGCUGUAAGAAUGCUGGGGGAAUGGUGUCACAACUGUCUGCAGCAGAGAGCCUGGGACACCACUCAGUGCAAUUUGUGCGCAACCACGACACCAUGCUGAAUGACGGCCCCGCCAUCUGUGGCAUUGAUUGGCGCAGCGCAGAGGACGCCGCCUUGCCAUGGGCUUAUCUCAUAGCCCGGAGUGAGGGCAGUGUGUUGAUGCAUCAAGACGACGCGAACUGUCCUGUGGUUCAAGCCGCGCUUGGCUUUCGAGCUGCGUUGGCACCAUACAACCUCAAGUGCGAGAUGAGGGCCUGGCCUCCGCCGCAAUUCGAGACCAUGCAAGUCCUCCUGACACUUUCAGACUGUCCCAUUGGAUUGGCCGUGUUCAACGUCUCCAGCAAGAGCCUUGACUUUGGCUUGCCGUGGGCCUUGGAGGGCUUCAGCCUGCAAGAAGUAAAGGCGCCGACGCCGCCAUGCGAAGCUUUACAGGCUGGGUGCUCCCUCUCGGAGCUGGACCGUCGCAUCAGGCCCAGGGACGCCCGCUUCUUUCUUUUGGAAUGCACUGGGGGACCGGUCCCGGCGCCAAAUCCCGAUUUGCACUACAUGACGCUCUUUUAUUUUUCCGGCUGGGAUGCGCCCCAUGUUCAUUUCUCCAUCGACAAUGUGUGGACAGAGAGUCCUGGCUGGCCUCUCCGCAAGUCUGAGAAACCAAGUAUUCGAGGUUGCCCUGAGUGGACUUUUGUCUUUUGCCUCAAGUGCAAGGGCUCGAAGAUCCCGAGGCCAAACAGCCAUGGUCGGUGGUGGAGAAUCGACAUACCUGUGCAGAAGAGCAGCUCCAUGGAAUUCGUUCUCAACGACCGGGGCAUGAGUUGGGACAACGCAGUACAUGGAGGCAACUACAUGGCUCAGAUGCCGGGACUGCACAUUUUGGCCGAGGGAAAGCUUGCGAGCUUCCGCAAAGAGCAAGGUAGAUCGUAG